GACCUCAUCGACUUUGAAGACAAGAUGCCAGAAACAGCCCCAACGGAUGCCGCUGAGCCAUGGACGGUUGAAAAGGCCUUGGCUGGCAAUGAUUUGGUUCAAGGGUCCAAUUCGCCAAUAUCCCUAUUUCAUCUUCUAGGGGGUCUCAAGACGACAAAGCGAGAGGGAUGGAAGAGACAUGGAAUCAACCCCGAGUCGGUUGCAGACCAUUCAUAUAGAAUGGGUAUGAUAGCCAUGUUCGCUCCUCAGGGCCUCGACCAGGUCAAGUGUAUGAAGAUGUGUAUGGUCCACGACGUUGCUGAAUCAGUCGUGGGCGACAUCACCCCGUUCAGUGGAGUGUCCAAGACCGAGAAGGCCAGGAGGGAAACGGCCACCAUCGAGUACAUUGCUACUAGAUGGGGCGGGCCUCAUACCUCUGAGCUACGAGAACUAUGGCACGAGUUCGAGGCUGCUGAGACUCCAGAGGCCCAGUUUGCGCAGGAUAUUGACAAGAUCGACCUCUUGCUGCAGGCUGUCGAGUACGAGAAGGAUGGCAAGGGUCAGCGAGACCUCGGCGAAUUCAUGGGAGUUGCGCGUAAGCUGCGUACCGAGGCUGGCAAGGCAUGGGCGGACGAGAUCCUACUGGAGAGGGAGAAGCUCUGGGAGGGCCGUGAGCAUAUCAGAGGAGAACAUGCAGAGAAGGGUGGUGUGUCCACAGAGGCUCAGAAGCUGCAGGACGCAUACUAUGCCUAG